ACAGUGCUUUUGGGACAAAAAGUGAUUCUUCGAUGUGUUGCCGAGCCGUCACCGUCAGGCGAGAAGUUGCGAAGCCAAUGGAAGAGUAAUGACGGCUCCCUUCUCGGCUUCCAUGAUGAAGGUGUAUUGGCGGGCUAUGGAGGUCGAUAUAGUUAUAUGCGUGAUGGACCGGAUGAGAAGCACCUGAAAAUCGAGAACGUAACACUUGAAGACGAUGGCAUUUUCGAAUGUCAAAUGAUGCGACCUGGCCUGAGGGGGUUUCGCUCAUCAUCUUACGUUACUGUCGUUGUGCCUCCAUCCGGAAUAUCAUUGAUGAAAUAUCGCGCUGGUGAAGCGAUUCAAGUGAACGAAGAUACGCCACUGAAUAUCAGUUGUACAACACCAAGCACUAAACCAGCAAGUGCGUUGAAUUGGUAUAUGAAUGGUAAAUUGAUCAAUGAAGGUAUACAUCGCUGGAAUGAACAUCAUCUCAAUGGUACCGUCACGUCAUAUGCUGCCUUAAUUUGGAAACCCACUCGAAAUGAUCACAAAAGCGUGCUGACCUGUGAAACAUCUCAUGCGUUCAGUCCGAAUCAGUAUCGCGUCAAUAUCUCACUUGAUGUCUUGUAUCCAUCGGAAUCUCCUCGAAUCACUGUGGUGAGUGGCGGUUCGUCAGCAGAUGCUGGCGACAAUGUAACGAUGGUGUGCUCAACAAGUGGAGGUAAUCCACCGCCUAAUGUUACAUGGUACCUCAAUGAACGUCCGAUUGGAAGCAAUUUCUAUUAUGAUUACACGUCUCAGGAAACGCGUAAUGUGUACUCGAUGGUAGUUGAGGCUGAUGACAACGGUGCGAUCUACGAAUGCCGUUCGGUGAAUCGUCAAGGUGCUGAUCCACUCGAAGCGAGUAUACGCCUGUCAAUUUCUUAUGCACCACUUGGUGUUGAUGUAUACGGUGAAACGGCCACCAGAUAUGGAAGACCUGUUCUGUUACAUUGUAGAUCGAGAUUAUCGAAUCCGGCAUCAAAAAUCAAAUGGUUGGUGAACGGUAAACCGAUGCGUUCAUUAAACGAAAUGCAGCAUGAACAACCGACCGGUAUAAUAACGCUCUCAAAUCUGACAAUUAAUCCAUCUGAAGCGAUUGUUAUCAACCAUCAGAUUAUUGUCGAAUGUAUCGCCGAAAAUGAAAAGGGCCGUGCUAGUAAGCAACACACCAUUAGAAUGCUUGCACCACCAAUGGAACCGCGAAUCUACGGAAUGGACGGAGAAGCACUAGUUGAAGGUGAAACGUUGAAUCUGACUUGUGAAGCGCAUGGCGGUAAUCCGCUUGCUACACUAUCAUGGUUCAGAGGUGUCGAUAAGGUAAUUAUUCAUUAUCUCCGGAACUCGAAACGCAAAACGAAGACUCGUUGGAAGGAGCUGAAAGAGACACGUAGCACGGCUUCUGGUGAUAUCUCGCAGAGUACCGUAUCGUUCGUAUUAGAUCGUUCAAUGAAUAGUCAACCAGUUAGAUGUGAAGCUGAAAAUGGUGCUCUAGAUGAACCACUGGUUGCGAUUAAAAUUAUUACAGUAUUAUUUGCUCCACGACGUGUUGUUGUUCGUGCAGAUGAUCGUACGCGUAGGCAGAUGAUUGCUGGUGAAUCGAGUCAGUUGGUUUGCGUUGUGCCGUCGUCGAAUCCUGCCGCUGAAAUCAGUUGGCAGUUCUCGAAUGAUGAUCAUCCGUCGACAUUACAUGGCAAAAAUAAACAUAAUAAAACAAGUCGUGAGUACGAUGGAUUCGAGGUUGAAAAUGUUCUUGUAUUUACACCAUCAAUCGAUAUGGAUGGUACGGAUGUGAAGUGUAUUGCGUCGCACCCGUUGUGGAGUGAUCAGAAAGUCACAUCAUUUCCACUGAAUAUAUUAUAUGCUCCACAAAUGACAGUUGAUGGACCAAUAACGAUUGUAGUUGAUGAAGGUGAUUCAUUCAAAGAAAAUCUCACGGUUCGAGCAAAUCCACCAGUUGCUUCUUGGCGAUGGCGAAAAAAUGGCGUUCCCUUCGACAAAACUGAGGGUGCAAUUUUUGCGAGAGGUGAACACAUAAGAUGUUGUUUAAAUGAAUUUAUGCCAUUUUUAAUUGUAGUUUUCAUCAGUUUCAAAAGAUCGGUGAGUGGAUUUGAUAGUGGUCUGUACACAUUGAUAGCCGUGAAUAGUAUUGGAACGGUGAAUGUCUCAUUGCGUCUCACUGUCAAAUAUGCGGCACGCAUAACACAUAUAACAUCACCUGUUAUGGCAGCCGCUGGAGAAGAGGUGGUUAUGGAGUGUGAAGUUGAUGGAGUACCUCGUAUCAGUGGAAUGGUGAAAUGGCUUCGGAAUGAUAAAGUUAUCGAUACGGUCUCUUUUGAUGGGCAAACAAGAGCUGUCCUCAGGUUGAAUGCAUCGCAAGAAACCAGCGGUGCUUAUACGUGUCUUGCGGAUAAUGGUGUUGGAAUGCCGAACCGUACAAAUGCGUAUUUGUUGGUGAGUCGAGCACCUUCAAUAACACGACGCGCAUCGUUACUGCGGGCCGCUGGUCCAUUAGGCGGUCGUGCACGUCUCAGGUGUAGAGCUCACGCAGUACCUGAUGCCACUUUCCAUUGGAGUAUUCAAGGAAAUUCUGGAACAAUUCGUUACAACAAUACUAAAUACUCAUUCUAUGAAACGCAACUUGAUCACUCCACAUUUGAGAAAGUUAAAGUGAAAGGUUUGAAACCGGCACAGCUUUAUGAAGUGGCAGUUCGAGCCGUGAAUGCGCGUGGGUUGACAUCAGAUUAUUCGCGUCCAUCAUUAUCAGUCUACACAAGAGAUGAGAAUGGUGUUAUUAUAUCAGCUGUGAGUCAAAAGAAGGAUGCAUUUCCACGAUCACUGAUGAUUACGUUCUGUAUUGGUGGUGCAUUACUGCUUGUCAUCAACUGCUUAUUGUUAUGCUAUAUGCAACGUCAUCAGCGAAAAAAGAAAUUGCAAGCAAUAAGUUAUACUCAUACAUUACCAGAAAAAACGGAAAUGGUACGUAAAACGAACAAUGCGGGUGGCGACGUUAGGCCAGUUCAAAUGUAUGGUGCACUAACGAAUACAGAUGGUAUCUAUCGACCGGACUCAGCAAAUACGAAUCGCAGUGAGCUUGCCUAUGAACAACCUUCUGAAGACGACCAAAGCGUACGCACCAUGAUUGUAUGUUUAGGCGAUCCUAUCCCCUCCUGUCCCGCCGAGGUUAAUCCAAACGGAUAUGUGCAACAGCAAAUGGAUGCGAGUGGUUUUUAUGAUCCAGACUGUCUUGUUGGAUAUGGAUUCAAUCGUUUGUUUUUUAAUUGUUGCGAUAAGAUGGCACAAAAUGGAAUUCGAAACGAUGCUGCGACAUAUGCAAAUAUGUCUUAUCCGCAUCAGUAUUCAUCAACUGUUUUGAAGGAACCUCCAAUAGUGGAUCAAGUCUCAAUUGGUGCACAUUCUAGUGGUUAUUCGGAGGGGAAUACACUGACACGUAGCAAAGAAGUUGUGAUAGGCUGCUCGCCACGACGGAUCCGUGUACCACGAGUGAUCGAUAGCACUUCAUCGCCGAUAGUAACAAACUAUCAGACUGUCGGAGGAUGUGCACCUGGUGGUGCUGGUGCCAAUAAUAAUACAGUUAGUUCUCAGAUAAUGAGCACUUUUAUGCAACCGGGUGGGGUGCAUACGACACCUCUUGAUUAUUCGCAUAUUGAUGGUGAUCUGGUAUAG